ACGCAUCUCUUCUAGUCAAACCGCUGGACACAACUCCAGCUUUUCGAAAUCCCGGAAAUACCCCCGCGGCAACCAACAAGCCGUCCUCGUCUCCGCUCUCCCGGCGCUGCCUGCUCUCGACGGCGGCGAUCCCCUGCAUCUCAGCGGCAGCGAUCCACUCCUCUUCCAACGUCACCCCGAUAUUCCGCCGUGCUCGCAGCUUCCACAAAUUCUGGCCGUGUUUGUGCCCACCCGGCACACCAUCUAGAUCCGCCCCUGAAGUCUCCGAUCCAUGUCCCAACCCCAUGCACCGAACGCCGGCGGGGAUUACAUCAAGUCAUGGAUCAUGUGCGGCCACCUCCAGCGCGGCGUCGGAUCCCUCGUCCGCGAACCCUGCCUCAACCCAGACACCUCCCUCAAGGGGGGCAAAAUGCUCAGACCAGAAAAAUGGCAGACAUGUUUUGAUACUGAUGGAAAGGUCAUAGGUUUCCGCAAGGCCCUUAAAUUCAUUGUCUUAGGGGGCAUGGAUCCCUCUAUUCGAGCAGAAGUUUGGGAAUUUCUUCUUGGAUGCUAUGCCUUGAGUAGCACUGCAGAGUAUAGAAGAAAAUUAAGAGCAGCUCGAAGGGAGAAAUAUCAAUGUUUACUUAGGCAGUGUCAGAGUAUGCACCCAAGCAUUGGUACAGGUGAACUCGCCUAUGCUGUUGGCUCAAAGCUGAUGGAUGUCAGGACUAUGUCAAAAGAAAAUGACAGUGGAGAACUAAGAGAAGUUAGCGCAAGUCAGCGAGCUUCAAAACACACAGAUGGCAAUUUAGUAGAAAAUUCCAACUUAAAUUAUGACUCUGGUGGCUCACCACAGUCACAAAAGAGGGAAGGCUGCAGCAAAUCAGUCAAACAUGCUGAUUUCAACGUACAUACUGAUAGCUCUGUAUAUAAUUCUUCCAAAUUUAUGGUGUCUUCCACAGUGGUGAAUAGUUGCUUGUCAGAUCCUGGGGAUUACAGUGACAUGGGUGAACCAAGAUAUGACAGUGAGACCUUCAUUGAGUAUCCUUCCCUGGCUGGUACAAACUUGUUCUCAAAUGAUGGUGGGGAUAGCAAUGGAGUUGAGCAAAGUCAUUGUAGUUUGUCAGUUCCUGAAGAUAAGUUAAGGCAACGUGACGAACGCAUGCACAGCUUCCAAAUCAAUAAUAACAUAGAUCUCAUUAUAGAGUCUAAUUCUGAUCUGUUUCGAGCUAGCAACAGUGACUCGGCUAUCUUUUACUCGGAUGCAUACAAACAGGAUAAAUGGUUAGAUAAUACAGGCUACAAGAGGGAAAUUGUAGAUUCUUUGAGAAUAUCUGAUGCACCAGAAACAGAUUUUGUUGAUGAAAUGAAAUCCAACAGUCCGGUUGCCAAUAAAGAUAGAGUCUCCGAGUGGCUAUGGACACUGCAUAGAAUUGUGGUUGAUGUGGUGAGAACAGAUAGCCAUCUCGAUUUCUAUGGAGAAUCAAGAAAUAUGGCAAGAAUGUCAGAUAUACUUGCAGUUUAUGCAUGGGUUGAUCCUUCCACUGGAUACUGUCAAGGUAUGAGCGAUCUGCUUUCCCCUUUUGUUGUUCUAUAUGAGGAUGAUGCAGAUGCCUUUUGGUGCUUUGAGAUGCUACUGAGAAGGAUGCGUGAAAAUUUCCAGAUUGAGGGACCAACAGGAGUUAUGAAGCAGUUGGAAGCAUUGUGGAAGAUCAUGGAAUUGACAGAUACCGAAUUAUUUGAGCAUUUAUCAGCAAUUGGUGCUGAAAGCCUUCAUUUCGCCUUCCGGAUGCUGCUAGUGCUUUUUCGUCGAGAGCUAUCCUUUGAGGAGUCACUGAGCAUGUGGGAGAUGAUGUGGGCUGCUGAUUUUGAUGAAGACACAAUCAGGAAUUUGGAAGAGAACUGCCUGCAACCGUUGCUAGUAGAUAUGAAGAAUGAUUUAUCAUCUGAGGUCAAAGAAGAGCAUCAGGUGAAUAAGUACACGAGUAGAAAAUCCAAAAGCAGGAGAUCUAAUCGUAGAAAUGGUGAAAUCCGCUGGUCAUGCAACCAUGGAAUGAAAUCAAGUACAAGAAAUCCUCUGUGUGGCUUGUCAGGUGCUACUAUCUGGGCAAGGCAUCAGCAAAUGCCGCAUUUGAGCACAAAUGUGUUGGCAAAGAAUGGAGACGACGAACUGCCUAUAUUCUGUGUAGCAGCAAUCUUGAUAAUCAAUCGACACAAGAUUAUUAAAGAGACUCGCUCGAUAGAUGAUGCUAUCAAGAUGUUCAAUGACAAUAUACUGAAAAUCAAUGUAAAAAGAUGUGUACGCUUGGCUGUCAAGCUGAGGAAGAAGUGCUGGUACAAGAUCAUCAGACAUCACACCACCACCAGUCAAGUAAAUGGUAUAAGCGUGACAAGUUUAAUAAAGAACGCUCUUCUGAUAUGCUACACAACUGAAGGAGAGGCUGCCCAUUCUGAGAUGCUAACAUCAAUUUUGAAUCCUCUUGCACCUUCAGUGCUGUCUCCAACUGAAGUCGAAGAUAGUGAAGAAACUUCAAGCAUGGGAAUGGCAGGACGGGAAAAGGAACCUGAACAGGCCGGCGGCGACCGCUCGAACCCAGUCACGUCUCUCGUUGAUGGUAUUUCUCAGAAGAGCAAGGGGGUCUUGCGUGUUGUUGAAGGUGCAAGCAUUUCGGUGCUUCCACAAUACAUUCCUGAUGUUGUGAGGCUAAUUAUGGAGACUCUUGGGAGAAAUUGUAGAGGCUCCACCCAUGAGGCCGCGGCCAGGCAAGAAGAUGAUGAACUUAUUCAGAAAGUGAAUUUGGAGUUGGACAGGGCAAAAGAGGCGAAGAUGUUGGGCGGAUUGUACGGCGACCUCCCGCCGCCUACCUCCGCCUCCGCCGACGACGAUAAGCCUUCCGCCUCCGUCUGGUCGAGCGCCACCAAGAUGGCGCCGCCCACCCUCCGCAAGCCUUCCGCAACCUUCGCCCCUCCCACGUCACUCCUCAGGAACCAGCACCCUCGCCCCGCCAAGACCCCCAUCCAGCAGCAGCCGCAUCCUCCUCCCCCUGCCACCACCUCUUCCUUUAACCCCGCCCUCGUCGCUGUCCAAUCCAACGUGCUCGAGGAGUACGAUCCCGCCAGGCCCAACGACUACGAGGAGUACCGCAAGGACAAGCUCAAGAGGGCCAAGGACGCCGAGAUGAAGAAGGAGCUCGACAGGAGGCGGCGCGAGGAGCAGGAGAAGGAGAAGGAGAGGGAGAGGGAAAGGGAGAGCGAAGCCCGCCAGCGCGAGGAACAGUCCAGGGCCUCCCUCAACAUAUCUGGCGAGGAAGCCUGGAAGAGGAGAGCAGCGAUGAGUGGCGGCCCUGCUCAGGGGGCUCAGAGGGCCGCUCCCUCGUCUCCGCCCCACGCUGAUGGUGCUGGUUUCACCAUUCCAGGCUCCUCUUCCUCUGGGUUGGGCCUGGGAGCCGGUGGCCAGAUGACUGCUGCCCAGAGAAUGAUGGCUAAGAUGGGGUGGAAGGCAGGCCAGGGGCUUGGCAAGCAAGAGCAGGGAAUCACCGCACCUCUAGUCGCUCGUAAGACCGACCGGAGGGCAGGGGUUAUUGUCGAUGAGAGCAGUUCCAGGACAGAAAAGAAGCCCAAAUCAGUCACCUUCGACACCGAACCGACCCGAGUUUUGCUGCUCCGAAACAUGAUUGGUCCUGGUGAGGUUGACGAUGAGCUGGAAGAUGAGGUUGCUAUGGAGUGCUCCAAGUUUGGGACAGUGGUGCGUGUGCUGAUAUUCGAGAUCACCCAAGCAAACUUCCCUGCGGAUGAAGCUGUGAGGAUCUUCAUACAGUUUGAGAGGGUAGAAGAGUCGAUCAAGGCGAUGAUUGAUCUGGAAGGGCGCUUCUUUGGCGGGCGUGUGGUGCAUGCAACCUUUUUCAACGAGGAAAGGUUUGGGAGGAAUGAACUUGCUCCGAUGCCAGGAGAGGUAGCAGGGUUUGACUAAAACUCUUAAUUACAAACAAAAGGAAGAAACAAAUGUUGAUGUGGGGUGUAAUAUAAUCCAGAGCAUGCAGUUGUUGCAAUUUAUUUUCUCAAGACCGUGUAGAGCAUUUUUUUUGGGGAACUGUCUAGAGCAUGUUGGUGAACCAUGUAAACUAUUUGCAUUUUAUUAUUGUUAUAGAGAGAGGUAUGUUAUGUUUACGUUGGACCGUGUUGUAGGACUUUGUUUUUAUCCAGAUUUGGUUCCCUUUUA